AUGAGUGGUUUCAUUUCCUCACUGUUGAUCCAAGUCGGAAUACGAUCUCCCGAUCUGCCACCCCCACCAACCAUCCGCGCUGAACACCCGAACGAACCAACCGAAAGCGAUCAUCGAUUCACAUCCCAACCGGACCGGCAUUGCAAGCAUAAAUUGAGCGGAGAUGCGGGUGCGGGCUCCCUGCAUAGUCCUCCUUUCUUCACAACCUUGCCCAAAGAAAUGGACACACGCGGUCUGCCGGGCACUCAGUCGGUGACCCAUAGCGCACCUGGAUCUAUUCGAAAUAUGGCGACAGAUGGCUUAUUAGAUGCAAACACUGAUGUCAGCCCACGGUCUACCGACUCAAUGGACUCAGACUCGCAACCCCACGAGGCGAUAAUGCACCAUGCGCCACACGAAACGCCCUCGGCAGUGCCAAUAGAGGACGCCCAGAGGCCCGCAAACAAUGCAUUCGACCUGGAAAGCGUGGUGCAGUCGUCACUUCCAGAGGAUGACGGAAUGGGCGUUCUUCGAAACAAGAUCAUCGCAAUCCGAGACUUGCAGCUUGCCAAUCCUGAAAAAGCACGGAUGGUUCAUGAUUUAAUGACAGAAAGAUACAACACCCUGCAUGCAAUUACAGAGUUGACACCGAAAAGUCCACCGGUGGCUCCAACGAGUCCGAUUCGGCGGAUGUCUGGUAAUCAUGCACCCGAAGAGUCAGACCACGAUGUACCAUAUGAGGAUGUAUUCAAUCUCACUUCUGAGGAUUUGCAGCCCACUUACGCCCCAAAGGUGGAACUGGAACUAGAGGAUCCUGCACUUGUCGAAACAAUCGAUGGAGAUAUGGACACCGAGGAGUUGGCCGAGGCUACGUUGGGCUGUGCACAUUAUCAUCGCAACGUGAAGCUCGAGUGUAGUACCUGCAAGAAAUGGUAUACUUGUCGAUUCUGCCAUGACGAAGUUGAAGACCAUGCUCUCAUCCGUCGAGACACGAAGAACAUGCUGUGCAUGCUCUGUGGGCAUGCCCAGCCCGCGGCGGAGAUUUGCAGACGGUGCGACGAGCAAACGGCUCAAUAUUAUUGUGAUAUUUGCAAGCUUUGGGACAAUGAUAGCAAGAAAAGCAUCUAUCAUUGCGACGACUGCGGUAUCUGUCGAAUCGGACAAGGGCUAGGGAAGGAUUUCUUCCAUUGUCAGACAUGCUCUGUUUGCCUCCCAAUGUCAAUCGAGACCACUCAUCGCUGCAUCGAACGUUCCACCCAAUGUGAUUGUCCGAUUUGUGGCGAUUACAUGUUCACAUCCCCCGAGACCGUUGUCGUCAUGCGAUGCGGACACAGCAUUCAUUCCAAGUGUCUGACAGAGUAUUCUCGAAAUUCUUUCCGCUGUCCCAUCUGUAGCAAGACGAUCACAAACAUGGAGUCAACGUUCCGGAACCUAGAUCGCACUAUUGAAAGCCAGCCCAUGCCUACGGAGUUCAAAGACACCAAAGGCCUUGUCUACUGUAAUGACUGUGGAGUCAAGUCAUGCGUCAAGUACCAUUGGCUGGGUCUCAAAUGUGACCUGUACGUUUUCAAAAGAUCCCAGAACGCAUUGGGAACUUUAACUGAUCUCUCCAGAUGCGAAUCAUAUAACACGGCUCAACUUCGAAUCCUACAUGGAGACAUGUCGAAUCAAUCCGAAGAUGGCCAAGACACUCUCCCUCGGCCCCGAUCAUCGUCUCUUAUCGAGACUGACGAGCCAAUCUCUUCUUCAUUUGCGGAAUUGGGUGUUGACAACCCCUCCGUUUCUCGUUCACAUCUCAAUAUCCCCAAUACUACCGAACGCAGGCAAUCUACAUCAUACAACAUCACACGGGGUCGCGCUAUCUCCCCAGUCGUCAGCAACUACUUUGGACUACCGACUGAGCGUGAGCCCGAAAAGCCUUCAUCCAUGCCAUUCUUUGGUAGCCCAUCUCGAGGUGUGAAUGAGAGUGACUAUGGCGCAUUGAACUUUUUGAGCAAGAAGCUCACAUAUCCGUAUGGAUUAUUUGGUGGUGAGACAAAGUCGACUGACGCCGCUCCCGACGCUGGAAAUGAUGAUGAUGAGGACGAUGAUGAUGAUGACGGUUCAGACUCUGAUGAAUCUGUCGAGUCGGUCGAAACGACUGGCUCGUGCGUGAAUGAAGACGAUGAUCAUAUUUCCAUCUUUGGUCAUCGAUGA